AAAAAAAAAAAAAAGAAGAGUGGAGGACACGGACACACACACAGAAGCCUCUUUUCUCGGUGCCUGCACUUAUGCCUGGUGCAGCUCCUUCCCAGCCGUCCUGCCAACCUGCUGCCGCCCGCUGCCCGCGCUGCCCCGGAGGAGCCGCAGCUCAGCCCCACGCCGGGACCCCGGGCCAGGGGACCCCCCGCCCGCGCUGCCGUUCCCCCCGCCGCGGGGCUGCCGCCACGCACGGAGCAAGGGCAGAGCAUGGCCCCAGCCCUCCCGCUGCUGCUGCUGCUCUGGGUGUUUGUCCCCACAGCGGUCCCGGAGGUGUUUGGCCCCGGAGAUGGCACAGAGGACCUCAAGGCUCUGCAGGUCUCCAUCCCACGCCACCCAGCCCUCGAUGCUGUGCUGGCAGGCGACAUCACCAUCCCCUGCCUCAUCACCUACCUUGGCCCCCAGCCCACCGCUGCCACGGGCGGCCGCCGGGCGGUCCUGGGAACCCCCCGGGUCAAGUGGACCUUCAUCUCUGAGGGCAGGGAGGUGGAGAUCUUGGUAGCUCGGGGCGACAGGGUGAAAGUGAGCGAGGACUAUCGGUUGCGCGCCUCCCUGCCCAUCUUUCACCAGCGCUACACCAAUGCCUCCCUGCUGCUCACCGAGCUGCGCCCCAACGACUCGGGCAUCUACCGCUGUGACGUGCAGCACGGCAUCGAGGACGGCCACGACAUCCUCCAUGUCAAAGUCAAAGGGGUGGUGUUCCACUACCGGGAGGGCUCCAUGCGCUACGCCUACACCUUUGCCGAGGCGCAGGAAGCUUGUGCCCGGAUCGGCGCCAGCAUCGCCACCCCCGAGCAGCUCUAUGCUGCCUACCUGGGUGGCUACGAGCAGUGUGACGCCGGCUGGAUCGCUGACCAGACCGUCAGGUACCCCAUCCAGACACCCCGCGAGGCCUGUUACGGAGACAUGAACGGCUUCCCCGGGGUGAGGAACUACGGAGUGGUGGACCCGGAGGACAUGUACGAUGUGUACUGCUACGCUGAAGACCUCCCAGGGGAGAUCUUUUUGGAGACGGCCCCAGACAGGUUCACGCUGGAGGAGGCGGCGCAGCGCUGCCGGGCGCUGGGCGCGGAGCUGGCGAGCCCGGGGCAGCUCUACGCAGCCUGGAACGCGGGGCUGGACGCCUGCAGCCCCGGCUGGCUGGCCGACGGCAGCGUCCGCUACCCCAUCGUCACCCCCCGGGAGCGCUGCGGUGGGGCUCUGCCGGGCGUCAAAACCAUCUUCCUCUUCCGCAACCAGACGGGAUUCCCCGAUGCCCAGAGCAGAUACGAUGCGUACUGCUUCCGAGAAGGGACAAACUCUUUCCCUGAGGCUGCAGGAAAAUACCAAGCCCAAGAGCCCGAGGAGAAUCUCCUCCAGGAGAUUGUCACAGUGGCAGAAAAGCUGGAGGAGCUGCAGCUGCCCAGAGCGCAAGUGGAGAUUGAGUCGCGAGGGGCUAUUUACGCCGUCCCUUUCUUUGAGGACGCUGAGCUGGAAAAGCCGAGCCAGUCCCCUGAAGACGCACUGGGGCCAGGGGCCCGGCACCCCCCGCUAGCUACCUCCGUGUCCUCAGAGGAGGAGCAGGGAGCAGCGCCGGGCGGGGGCCCUGGCAGCACAUCGGCGGAGAGCCCGGGCGGAGGGCGAGACCCCAGCCAGCCCCUGGAGCCAGAGGGACCCACCGGUGCCCCAGCAGAGAGCCGAGAACCUGGCGGGACCCCCCGCCGCGGUCACAAGUCCGGCGGGGCGAGCACCCCCGUUCCUGCCGCCGAAGACGCCGAGCUCUCCGGAGACGUGGUGGAAAGCCCCGCGGCGUCCCCGCUGCCUCCCGCGCCCUCGCAGACGCAGGAGGAGGGGGAGGAGCAGUCGGGAGCCGUGUGGCUCCCCUCGCCUGGGGUUCCGGGGGACGGCAGCACUGUCCCCGCGGUGACACCGUGGCACGCAGAGCUGCCUGGCAGCAGCAGCGCACCGGCCCCGGGAGGAGAGGAGGCUGCGCCGCCACCGCCGGGCGCUGACCGCGGGAUGCCUGCUGCAGCUUCCGAGGAGGAGGAGGAGGAGGAGGAGGAGGAAGAGCAACCUGCUCCCUCCAUUGCAACCGUGGAGGGUUUCCUUGCAGCCGUUCCUGGAGAACCAGGUGGCUGUGUCCCCAACCCCUGCCUGAACGGAGGGACCUGUGUGGAGGACGGCGCCCACCUCACCUGCUUGUGCCUGCCUGGCUACGGAGGCAGCAACUGUGAAAGACCACUGCGGAGGUGCAGCCCCGGCUGGGACAGCUUCCAGGGAGCUUGCUACAAGCACUUCCCCACUCGGAGGAGCUGGGAGGAUGCGGAGACCCAGUGCAGGCACUACGGGGGGCACCUGGCCACCAUCCUGACCCCCGAAGAGCAGGACUUCAUCAAUGACCAGUACAGGGAGUACCAGUGGAUCGGCCUGAACGACCGGACCAUCGAGGGGGAUUUCCAGUGGUCUGACGGGAGCCCCCUGCUCUACGAGAACUGGCAUCCCGGGCAGCCCGACAGCUACUUCCUCUCCGGGGAGAACUGCGUGGUCAUCGUGUGGCACGAUGGGGGCCAGUGGAGUGACGUGCCCUGCAACUACCACCUCUCCUACACCUGCAAAAUGGGGCUGGUGCAGUGCGGGCCCCCCCCCGCCCUCAGCAACGCCCGAGCCUUUGGCAAACCAAAGCAGCGCUACGAGAUCGGCUCCACCGCUCGCUACCAGUGCCGGCUCGGCUUCGCCCCGCGCCGCUCGCCCGUCAUCCGCUGCCGCGAGGACGGCACGUGGGAGCCACCCCAGCUGGCCUGUCGCCCUGGCCUGGCUCAGCCCCUCAACCACUGAGUGAGUCCCUGGGGCAGCAGCCAGCACCUCUGCAGGCCCUGGAGCUGGUGUGGAUGGGGACGGCACUGGGACCCCGGCACGGACCCCGACGUGGCACGAAACCUCACUGUUGGGUGUCUGCCCCCUUGUUUGUUUUAUAUCUGUACAAAGAAAUCCUAAUAAUUAAAGACCCCCUCAAAAGGAACCGACAGUGGCCCAAAAUGCAGCACAACAGGAGUUCUGUUCCCAGAGUCACAACAGAGUUGAAAUCAAGGGGGGCACCACGGGCAGGGGAUGGCAGGGACGUGCCAGCAUCACCUCCAGCCAUCUUCUCCCACCUCUACCCUGAGGGUCCUCAUCCUGUGACACCCUGGUGGGGGUCGACAUGGGGACAUCCAAGCUCUGCUGCAGCUCAGCACCCAUCCUGAGGUGUGGGGGGGCUUCUGCACUUCCCUGGAAAGGCAGAAGCUGCUGCCGCAGGCUUGGAGUGAGUGCGUGUCGCUCAAACCCCCUCUCUGUGCUUCUGUGGGUAUUAAAACCAGUAAACAGGUG